UUCGUUGAGUAUGACGAUUGUCAAACAAAAGUACGGUUCCCUUUUUUCUUCGCGACACCUCCUGUGAAGUUUUUCGCAAAUAAUUCCUGAUUCCCAGUAAUUUAGUGAACAUUUUUAUUCAAAAUGCAACCCCAGAUUGUUCUAUUGAAGGAGGGCACUGAUACUUCUCAGGGAAAGCCUCAGUUGAUCUCUAACAUCAAUGCAUGCCAAGCUAUUGUGGAUGCUGUCCGGACAACUCUUGGUCCUCGUGGAAUGGACAAACUUAUCGUCAGUGGCGGUAAGUCCACGAUAUCCAACGAUGGGGCGACCAUCAUGAAGCUGCUGGACAUUGUCCAUCCGGCAGCCAGGACACUGGUAGACAUUGCCAAGUCGCAGGAUGCUGAAGUAGGAGAUGGAACAACGAGUGUUGUGCUCCUGGCUGGAGAGUUUUUGAAGCAAGUGAAGCCCUUUGUUGAGGAAGGAGUUCACCCGCGCAUUAUCAUUAAAGCCAUAAGAAAAGCUCUGCAAUUGUGCGUGGACAAAAUUGAGGAACUGGCAGUGAAGAUUGAGAAGAACAAUGAGGCGGAAACUCGUUCUCUCCUCACAAAAUGCGCAGCCACAGCCAUGAAUUCCAAGCUGAUCCAUCAGCAAAAGGAUUUCUUCUCAAAGAUGGUGGUGGAUGCUGUCCUGCAACUGGAUGAGCUUCUGCCUCUGGAUAUGAUAGGAAUCAAAAAAGUGUCUGGAGGAGCUCUUGAGGAUUCCCUCUUGGUGGCUGGAGUGGCUUUCAAGAAGACUUUCUCGUACGCUGGCUUUGAGAUGCAGCCCAAAUCGUAUGAGAAUUGCAAAAUAGCCCUGCUCAACAUCGAGCUGGAGCUCAAAGCUGAACGUUCCAAUGCCGAAAUCCGCGUUGACAAUGUCCAGGAAUAUCAGAAAAUUGUUGAUGCCGAAUGGCAGAUUCUCUAUGACAAACUGGCCAAGAUUCAUGCUUCAGGAGCCAAUGUUGUUCUCUCCAAAUUGCCCAUUGGAGAUGUAGCUACGCAGUAUUUCGCCGACAGAGACAUGUUCUGCGCUGGACGCGUUCCAGACGAAGAUCUCCGUCGUACACUGAAAGCCUGUGGAGGAGCUGUCCUGACCACAGUUCAUGAUCUCGUUGAUUCCAAUCUCGGAACCUGUCAGCACUUCGAAGAACGUCAAAUUGGCGGAGAACGUUUCAAUCUCUUCCAGGGCUGCACCAAUGCCAAGACCUGCACUUUGAUCCUCCGUGGAGGUGCUGAGCAGUUCCUCGAGGAGACAGAGAGAUCACUUCAUGAUGCAAUUAUGAUUGUGAGGCGUACCAUCAAGAAUGACGCUGUUGUGGCUGGCGGAGGAGCCAUUGAGAUGGAACUGUCCAAAAUUCUCAGGGAUUACUCACGCACAAUUGCAGGAAAGGAGCAACUUCUUAUUGGAGCCAUUGCUAAAGCUCUCGAAGUGAUUCCCAGGCAACUCUGUGACAAUGCUGGCUUCGAUGCCACAAACAUUCUCAACAAAUUGCGCCAGAAGCAUGCUCAAGGACAUUGCUGGUAUGGUGUGGACAUUAUGAAGGAGCAUAUAGCUGAUAAUUUUGAGGCUUGCGUUUGGGAGCCAUCUGUUGUGAAGAUAAAUGCUCUGACGGCUGCCUGUGAAGCUGCAACGAUGAUCCUGUCCGUGGAUGAGACGAUUAAGAGUCCCAAAUCUCAAGAAGCACCACAGGCCGGAGGAAUGCCAAUGGGCCGAGGAAUGGGUCGUCCAAUGAUGUAAACUCUAAUAACUUCUCAUAAUAAGCUUCUUUUUUUUUCCACAAUACAUCAUUUAUUCGUGCAUUGAUCCACCCGCUCCCUCCUUAAUUGUCUCUUAGGAAUAUAUUGUAACAUUUUCAGUGUCUUGCAUUUUACACAGAGAAAUAAAGAAAAAAACAAUUAACAGGAA